AGGUGGUCCCUCUAAUAGCACGAGGAGCUGUCCGCGGUGCUGAAAUCCGGACUCUCACUGCGAGGCAGAGAGAUGCUCAGCUCACUCACGAUCCUCGGCACAAACUAACUCCAAAGGCGCCACCAUGCUGUCAUUCCCUGAGACAUCAGGCAAACCUUUCCUCGUCUGUUUUGCCAACCUCCUCUUGAUCCUUCUCUUCCUCAGUUCCUCUGGUGUUCGUGGGGCUUCACUGAGGGCACAUAGACUUCGGGGAAGUGAAUCAGAGAAUAGGAAUGUCCACCAGGUCCCUAACACAGAUAUGCUGAAAGCCUUGGAGUACAUUGAGAGCCUCCAUCAAAGGACCAGCAUGGACUCUCCUCUCGCUCCAGGGGCUGAUGCUGGCCACAUGGAUGAUGCUGAGAAGCUGCGUGCCAUGCUGAGACUUGCUUCCAACCCUAUUCAGAGCAAAGAUGAGGAGGAGGAGGAGGAAGAGGAGGAGGAGGAGGAAAAGGGAAGGGAGGAUAAGAGUGAAGAGCUGCUCCAGGCUGUGCUCAGCACGCUCCAGCAGACAGAGGCCUCCAAGCCUCCUUUGCUUCGCCCUGGCACAGAAAGGUUAAGUAUGAAGCACGGCAUAAAUGCGCAGCAGAAACAACGGGGCAUCACACCUCACAAAAAGCUGCCCUUGAUGUUUGAAGAUGAGGAAGAAGGUGAGGGAGAUGAGGAAGAGGAUGAGCAUGACAGCCCCUAUAAACGUACCAAUGAGAACGUGGAGGAGAAAUAUACACCUCAGAACCUGGCCACACUGCAGUCUGUGUUUGAUGAACUGGACAAGCUGACGAGUCCAAAGACCAUACAUAAGCGCCUAGAUGAAGAGGAUAACAUGGAGGAGGAUGCUGUGGAUGAAGAUGAAGAUCUGUUUAAUGUGAGGAAUGCAGCAUAUGAAGACAUAGGUGGGGAUCUGACAGACUGGGAUCCAUUAGAAGGACGAGAAGAAGAAGAAGAAGAGGAGGAGGAGAGGGGAAACAAAUACAAGGCUGACAGAGGGCUCGAUUAUAUUGACGACAAUGGUGACAGAGCUGAUGAGGACGAAGAAGAGGAAGGUGACGAAAGCUACCCCGUAAAAAGGUCAAAAGAUCUGGAUGACGCGGGAAAUCUGGUGGACUACUACCUGCUGAAGGUGCUGGAGAAAACAGAAGAGGAAGAGCAGAAAAGAGAGAUAGAGGAGGAAGAAGAGAGAGAGAGGGCUGAGAGGAGGGCGGCUCAGACUCAGUACAGAGAUAACAUAGAUCCACGGGUCAUCUACCAACUCAUUCAGAUCUCCCAAAAAUACCAGAUCCCACCUGAAGACCUGAUGGACAUGCUGAAAACAGGAGACAUGAUGAAUCAGGACAAGUUGCAAAAGAGCAAUGGUUUAGCCAGAGGAGAAAAUAAGCUCUCUCAGAUAGCCCCAAAGAUACACACCAUUCCUCAAACUAAAUUCUACAACAGACGGCUGCCUUAUGCACAAAAGACCCCAGAGGAGCUGAGAACGGAAGAGAUCCUCAAAAUCCUUGGGCUGGGAGGUGCAGAGAAUCCCAUCAGGAAGCAGAAGCAGCACAGAAGCUCACUGUCACGACUUCACAGUCAGGCUGCAGGGGGGUUUGGGGAAUCCACUCCCACGCAAAGGCGCCCUCCCAGCUCUUUCAAAGAUGACUACGACGACACUGUGGAUGAGGAUGAUCUGGCAGCGUAUUUAGCUGCUCAGAUGCUGGCACAGUAUCCUAAACCUGCAUUCAGCAACAACAAGGCAAGCCAAAAGCGGGAGGAAGCUGGCUCUUUUGAAAAGGCCAUGGAGGAAUACUUUGAUCAGAUGGACUCAGAUAAAAGCCCAAAGGAAAAGAAACUGUCUGAGGAUGAUGAGAGGGGUGGUGACGCUCAAACGCAAGGCUUAGAGAAUGAGGCGAUGAUGAAACUGCUGAGCUAUCUGAACCCAGAAACUGAGGAAAGUGGUGCCAAAACUGCCCCAGGGAUAUAAAUCAGGCUGUAGAUAUAUAUACAUAAUUCUAUAUUGUUUCGUUGAGGGAAGAAAAUAAAGUAUUUUGAAGAAUAAAACAUGCAGUCAACUUUACGUUUACAAACAUUCUUGUUUAUUAGCAGAAUUAUGAGUGUUCAGACAUUCUCUUGAUUUUUUUGUUGUUGUUGUUUGUUUUUGAUGAGUUGGUUGCUCAAGAACACUUAAUGAGUACACGUGUCUCACCAGCCUUACAUUUCAACGCACACACAAUCAAAACCAGUGUUGGAUCCUUUAGAUUCACUUGUGUUUUUUUUGGUAAUUCUUUCUUAAAUGUGCUCAUAUGUGACAUAACUGAGGUAAAUAAAGCAUUGACUUUAUUUUUCCUUA